GGUAUCAUGUGAUUAAACCCGGAAAUAAAGAUCAUGUGCUUGUAAACAAAGGGGUUUGUAGAAACCUGUUACGUGUAAUUUUUAUGUCUGAAUGUGACAGCAAUGGUCCCCUCGCUGUCGAAAUACACGAUUGAAGCUUUGCUUCUGCUCGUUUCGGUGUUUAUCGGCAGCUGUAGAUGUCAGUAUCAGCCCACUUGGGAGUCUAUUGACUCCCGACCCUUGCCGGAAUGGUACGAUCAAGCUAAAUUCGGGAUUUUCGUGCAUUGGGGAGUGUUUUCUGUCCCAAGUUUUGGAAGCGAAUGGUUUUGGUGGUACUGGCAAAAACAGAAAUUGGCGCCAUAUGUUGAUUUUAUGCGACAGAAUUAUCCGCCUGAUUUUCAGUACCCCGAUUUUGCACCUCAGUUCACCGCGGAGUUCUUCGACGCAAAGCAGUGGACGGAAAUCUUUGCAGCCUCAGGAGCGAAAUAUGUUGUACUCACAACAAAGCACCACGAAGGUUUCACGCUCUGGGGUUCUAAGUACUCUUGGAACUGGAAUGCAGUUGACGUUGGGCCACAGCGGGACAUCGUCGGGGAAGUAGCUGACGCCAUUCGGGCCAACAGUGAGCUCCGUCUGGGGCUGUACCAUUCCCUAUUCGAGUGGUUCCACCCACUCUUCUUGCAGGAUGCCGCGAAUGUCUUCAAAACCAGGGAGUUCCCCAUGACCAAAUCCCUGCCCGAGCUCUAUGAGAUCGUCAACAAGUACCAGCCAGAGGUGCUGUGGUCAGAUGGGGAUGGAAAUGCCCCAGAUACCUACUGGAAUAGCACAGGCUUUCUGGCUUGGCUAUAUAAUGAAAGCCCUGUGAGCAAAACCGUCGUGACAAAUGACCGCUGGGGACUUGAUAGUAUCUGCAAGCACGGGGGAUAUUACACCUGCGCAGACCGCUACAACCCCGGGCACCUGCUGAAUCAUAAAUGGGAGAACUGCAUGACUAUAGACCAGAAGUCCUGGGGAUACCGGAGGAAUGCAGAGCUGAAGGAUUACCUCACCAUUGAGCAGCUAGUGGCGACAUUAGUGGAGACUGUGUCCUGUGGGGGUAACCUCUUGAUGAACAUUGGGCCCACGCACGACGGACGCAUCGCCCCAAUCUUUGAGGAACGCCUGCGACAGAUGGGCCAGUGGUUGAACGUCAACGGGGAAGCCAUCUACAACACUAGUGCAUGGAGGGCCCAGAACGAUACCACCUAUCCAGGAGUCUGGUAUACAUGGAAACCUGAGACGAAAGACAUAUAUGCAGUGUUCUUACAGUGGCCCACAAACGGAACAGUAAACCUCAAUGUUCCAGUUGUUUUUAAGGAUACUAAGGUGGUUCUUCUGGGAUAUGCUCAGCCUCUGAAGUGGAUUGCCUUGAAUCCUGGACUGACAGUCUACCUGCCUACACUUUCUGUCAGUCAGAUGCCCUGCUUCUGGGCUUGGACUCUCAAACUGAGUGGAGCAAAUUGAGUCAUUUUAUCUUAAUUUUUAAAAAUCUUAAUUAUUAAUAUCUCUGUAUAUUGAUUUUUUUUUUCAAUAAUUCUACCACACGAUGUUUUUUCUGUCCACCUCAAUGUGUUUUGUUUACAUUUUUUUUAAUUGAAUUGAUUUACAUUGCUACAUUUUCAUGGUAAUAUAUAUAAUAUGGUGUAAUUAAAAUCCAGAGAAAUAAAAAUUCUACGUUUCA